AUGAAGCUCAACAUUGUCACCGUCCUCGCCAGCCUGCUCGCGGUCUCUGCCGUCAAGCAGACAAGCGCCGCACCAAUCCGCACAAGCGAAGAUCUUGCUGACGCUGUACGCGACUCGGGUGGGCCCAUAAACGCCGCAAAGUUGGCUGAAGGCCAUGUCCGAGUCAAGCCUGCCAGGUCGCCCUAUCUUAGGGGAAGCCCGUUGGUGCAUGAGGACCACAAGAGCACGUACCUGCGCACUGGCGCGAAGGCCGUCGUUGCACACACCCAGAGCACCGGUGACACGCCAAGCAAAGACGGCGGCAAAGAAAAGAGAUGCUCUGGAUCUCUACCGCGCGGUAUGCACGUUAGGUGCGCCUGGGGACUGGGCGGAAUUGCCAAUUGGGGAAGAAGCGUCCAGAUGGAGCAAUUUGAUCAUCUAGAGUCUUGA